AUGUUUAUUCAUUUAAAAAUACUUGAAGAUAUUUUUAAUCAAAAAUUAAUAUUUUUGUCAGUUUUUUUUAAAGUUUUUGCAAUGGUUUGUGAAAAAUGUACAAACAAAAUAUCUAAAUUAGCAACUGUCCAUGUCGACAAAAAUGCAAGUGGAUCACAAAGAUUAACCAACGAAAAUAAAUUUCUCAGUUCAAAACAAAAAUUUAAGCCGGGCGUUGGGGAAUUUAAAAGAUGCAGAGUUUGUAAAAAGAUGACUCAUCACAUCGCUGCAAAUUAUUGUCAAGAUUGUGCUUAUCAAAAAGGAAUAUGUCCUAUGUGUGGAAGGAAACAAAUAGAAACAUGCAAAUAUAGACAAAGUUUAACUUGA